GAAGCCACCCUCAGCACCGCGGUUUCUCCUUCUCAGUGGACAGCAGAAGGCUCCACAUGGCUCGGUAUCCAAACGCAGGACCAGCGGUGAAAACCCGCGCACUGAGCUCGCCUUGCAGCGGGGACCAGAGCUGAACCGGUCACCCACGCUGCAAAUAAUAUUCAGCGCGCUUGGUCGCGGAGGUGGGACUGCUCGUACCCGGAGAGUGACGUCAUGCGACUGGGGCUGCCGAGACCCUUGAAGCAAUUUCUACAGACGGGCAGACUGAAGCUGUAUUAAUAGCCGAGCUCGGGUGAAAGACUUUUUACUCGUGGAAACCGGGGGCUACGCAGCGGGUCACAGACUGGGGGGGGAACCGCCAUCUGAUUUACAAAAUUUAAAAAAUAGACAACGCGACUGUUACACAUCUCUUCGUAUUUGUUAAAAUAUGGAAGUGCUAGGCGCUCUAAACGUGGGCGAAGUUGCCCAGUAUUUUGCAAAAAUGUCCAUGUUUCCAGUAUUUGAUCUUGCUUAUUAUAUAGUAUCCAUACUCUACCUCAAAUACGAACCAGGCUCUGUGGAGGUGUCCCGCCGAAGCCCAGUGGCCUCCUGGCUCUGUGCUAUGCUGUACUGCUUCGGGAGCUACAUCCUCGCAGACAUCAUGCUAGGAGACUCUCCCAUCGAUUACUUCAACAACAACAGCCACAUUCUGCUGGCCACAGCCGUCUGGUACCUCAUUUUCUUUUGCCCCCUCAACCUGUUCUACAAAUGUGUGGCUUUCCUCCCAGUCAAGAUGAUCCUGGUGGCGCUGAAGGAGGUGGUCCGCGUGAGGAAGAUCGCCGCCGGGGUCCACCAUGCCCACCACGCCUACCACCACGGCUAUUUCAUCAUGGUCAUCACCGGCUACGUCAAAGGCUCUGGAGUGGCUCUCAUGGCCAACUUUGAGCAGCUGAUCCGUGGCGUGUGGAGACCUGAGACCAAUGAGAUCAUGCACAUGUCAUUCCCCACCAAAGCCAGCUUGUAUGGAGCGAUUCUCUUCACCAUGCAGGAGGCCCACUGGCUCCCCGUCUCCAAGAGCACCCUCAUCUGCCUCUUCACGCUCUUCAUGGCCACCUCCAAGGUGUUCAUGACUGCCACUCACUCCCACGGUUCUCCUUUUGCCCUGCUGGAGUCCCUGACCUGCCCCGUGCUGUUUGGCUCACCAGCGGGAGGCGCAGAGCACCGUGACGGUCACGACGCCUCUCACCACCCUGCUGCAGUGCCCCCCGCCCCUGCCGCCAAAAGCAGGGAGGAGCUCAACGAGGGCACGCGCAAGAGGAAAACCAAGAAAGCCGAGUAGAAGCGAGCUCGAUGGCAAAAUGAAGACAACACCUGCUUCCCUCCCAAGAUAAGCUGGCGGUGACCCGCACGGAACAUGGGUGAAGUUUAACUGAAAGAUGCACAGUACCAUUUCCUGUGGGGGUGCUUCCUGUGCAAACACCCCUACUGCUGCUGCUUACAGAUGUCGUCAUUAACAAGUAUUGGAUUGUAAAUAGCUCAAAGGGAAAGAAAUCGCACCCCACACUGUGGAGUGGCCUAUCGUGAGUCUCUUGAAUGCUUAAAAUGCCUAGUGCCAAUUUAUUUUGGGAGAUUUACAUACAUCUCUGUGUUCAGUGAGCCAUUUUCAAUAGCGCUGCCUUUGGAACAUGGUAGCCUGGUUGUAAUAGAGGUACCUCUGAUCUCCGUUGUAAGGCCAUGCACAGCAAGCCCCCAGCCACUGUACUGCCAUUCUGUCACCCUUUUCAUUGUUGCACAACCUUCCAUUUAUAAUAACAGUCAUUAUUAAACAGUUGUUUGUAACAGUGUG